CGAACAUGGCUGCAGAAAAGAGCGCAGUGACACUUGAGCCCGUCGUCAACCGCUGGAUAGUGGACUUUUAUUCAUUUGUGGCGCUGGAGUUCUUCAGAAAUGACAGAAAUACGGACUUCUGCGCCAUCCGGGACAUACUUCACAAUAUCUUGAAGCGUCCUUUGGAGUCCACUGACGAUAUGAUGUUAAAAAUAAGAGUUCUUCAGUUUCUCUCUCGUAUUAACGAGGGAGAAAAUCUGGAUCUGCAAUUUGAUCGUUGUGAUCAACCUGUAACUCCACUGGAAUCUGCUCUAAAGUUUCUUGAGAACAUGAACAGUGAUUUCCCUAUUCCACCCGAGGAUUUUGAAAGGGUUUGUGCUACAAUUAAAGAGAUGAUUGUGGGAAUCUUUAUCAAGAACAGUGAAUUUGAUAAAGCAGUGGAAGUGCUCAACAAACACUUUACCGAAGGAAUGGCUGGCAAGAAAGCUGUAUUCAUGUGUCUCAUCUCUGAGAAAGUUAAAACGCAUGAAGUCAUCAAGCAAAUCAACUUCCAGCAGUUCAAGGAGGAGAUCUUAGCUUUUUGCCAGCGGCUCUGCUCAUUCAGUGUCCCCUUUCUCCAGAAGGCUGCAAAGAGGAUUGUUGAACACAGACUAGCAGAGCAAAACAACGGAGCAUCUGGAAUCGAUGAGGAAGACGAACCUGGUCCAUCUUCCUGUCCACAAAUUAACCCACUCCAUCUCAGACCAUGUGAGCACUUAAUAAUCCAGAGGUCCAGACUAGAGGCGGCCUACAAAUCUCUUUCUGCAGGUUCAGGGGGAACAACAUUUUCCCAGUUGGAGCAACAAGUGGAGGCAGAGUGCCAGGAAAAAGGGGACAUUUGUGAACAUCCCUCAGCCGAUCACAACGGAAGCAAUAAUCCGAGUUUGGAGCGUGAAGGGCUGUUUCAGAGAGACGUGUGCAGCCCCAUGGAAGCAUCACCAGCAGACCCAUCGCCACAGAUGGAAGUUGGACCUCAAACACAAGCAGACUUACUCUCAAAUAAACUUUUUACAGUAGCACGGCUGGUGAUUGAACCAGACAGUCAACCGAACUCGCAAUGCACAGCUACCCCCGAGGAUCUGGACAUUGAUGUCAGAACAGAGGAGGCACCACAGACUCCAACUGAGUCCAGUGAAAUUGACCCCAAAGAACUGGAAUGCCCAAUUACAGAAAGGGAGUCGACUACACCCACACGAAAACGCCCCAGAAGAAGCGAGACAACAACCAACAGGGCUUCAACUAGUAUGGCUGAGGUCUCUGAAGACAGUGAAGACGACUCCCUGGACUCCCUGGACCCUGUUGCCAACAAGAAGAGACCUGGUCAGGACCUCCAUAACCAGUCCAAUACGUCACCUAGAAGAUCAAAUCGGUUAUCAUCAGACAGCGAGAGAGACUCGCAGGAGGACCUGUUGGCCUCUCCAAAAUCACCACCGCAGACGCCCUUUAAACUAUCACUCAAUUCUUCGUCAAGCAAUCCAGAAGAUGGAGAUGACAUCAGUAUCCCAGACUCGUCAUUGGAGACCUCGGCCAACCCCGGGUCCCCUCGUCCCUCUGGCCCUCAGCAGAGCUCCACUCCUCACAAGGCCUCUCCCAGAGAGCUGCGUCCGCCCCGAUCAAAAUGGAAAACGUUGUACGAUAACGCAAAGGAGAGUAAGACCACGUGGAGUGAUGAGGAGCUUUACUUCCCUUCCAAAAAGAGCAUUGGUUCCAAUGAGAGCUCCAACUCAGGACACAGGAAACAUGUAAGCAUAAAAAUAUCCUGCUUUUUAUUAAAUGAAAAGUUAAGGUCCCAAAAUAUGCUUUUCCUGACUAAACUGUCGAACAAUGUGGUGUUAUAUAUUAAUUUCAGUGUCAUGUAGUACACAGUGGACAAA